CUUUUGCUGUGUUGAGUAUCAAUCCUCCAAUGACGCAGAUGAAUAAAAUAAAUCGCCUAUCGGGUGCAGACUAACACUAAUUUGGUGUGUUUGCCUGCAAUUUUCUUUCAUGUUUGCCAAGAUAUCCUCUGAAACGAAACAGCUGAUUACAAAAAGAAAUAUGAAGCCUAUAGUCCCAGUCAACAAAACAAGCGCAGGCACUGGUGUAAAACAAACAUCUACUCCUGCAGUUAAGGCCACCAUUGGGGUGAAACAGCCAACCAAAGUCACUUUUCAAAAGCCAACUCAGUCCCCGAAUGUCAACCUGCAGGGCCAUACUGCGGUGAUGGGAACAUUUAACGUCUCAAAAACAUCAGGCUUGAAUGAUGGCGUCCAAUCAAAAGGCACUUCAGCAAACCCAAGACACUUUGCCUCCUUGGCCAAUCAGAACGGAGCGAGUGGUCAUGUGACUUUGAGCCAGUCACAUGACACUCCCACUGGCACAAUAUUGACCAAUGAGGAUAAGGGAAAUUCAGAGAACUUGGCAAACACAAAAGAGAAAACCCCUAUGUGUCUCAUCAACGAGUUAGCUCGCUUUAAUAGAGUAACACACCAGUACACGCUGGUUGACGAGCAAGGUCCGGCCCACAAGAAGACCUUCUUCGUCAAGCUUCAGAUUGGUGACAAGGAAAACUACUCUGCAUCUGGUCCCAGUAUUAAGAAAGCCCAGCAUGCAGCAGCUGAGAUCGCCCUGGAGAAGACCGAGUUCAAACACCCGCCUCCCAAACCCUCCAGGAAACCAGGGGAAGACUUGGAAGAUUUGGGUCUGGGCAGCUCUAUCACGCCAACGGUAGAGCUCAAUGCCCUGGCCAUGAAGAGGGGGGAGCCAGCGAUCUACCGGAACAUUGAGAACCGAACAAACAUGUACUACCCACACCAUAACUAUGACUUCCGUGGCAUGUACAACCAAAGAUACCAUUACAUGAGACCAGCCAGGUCGUUCUAUGUCUCACUGAAAGUUGGCACUCGGGAAUUUAUUGGGGAAGGCAUCUCGCGGCAGAUGGCUCGGCACAACGCGGCCAAGAAAGCACUGGAGAUUUUACGCCACCUACAGAUUCCUGACGGAAUGGAAAAGCCAACGGCAGGGGGAGAUAAUGUGGAGGAAGAAGUGGAAAACCAAGCUGGGGAAUCUGGGGAGGCGGACGACUCCAAGUCCGAGAUCAGCCUCGUACACGAGAUAGCUCUGCGCCAUAACAUGCCUGUCUCAUUUGACGUGGUUCGAGAGUCUGGUCCACCUCACAUGAAGACGUUUGUGACCCAGUGUAUCGUUGGAUCAUUCGUAACUGAAGCCGAGGGAAACAGCAAGAAACUUUCAAAGAAACGUGGAGCUGAACUUAUGCUUAAGGAGUUAAAGACCCUUCCAACCCUUCCGCCAAACAUACCGAGGCCAAAAAUGAAACCUGUCGUGAACAAGAAGAAGAACAGGAAUCUCAUAAAGCAGAUGCAGAAGGCUGACCCGGCGUAUGGUGUGGGCAUCAACCCCAUCUCCCGGCUUAUACAGAUACAACAGGCACAGAAAAAACGUGAGCCGGUGUACUCCCUCCUGGCCGAGAGGGGCUUACCUAGGCGAAGAGAGUUUGUCAUGCAGGUGCAGGUGGAUGAACAUACAUGUACAGGGGUGGGGCCCAACAAGAAGCUGGCCAAACGUCAUGCUGCUGAGUCCAUGUUACAGAUGCUCGGAUUUAACAAGCCCUCACCACAGCCAGUCAAACCAGCCAUCAAAAUGCAGGGAGAUACUGGCUUGAGUGAGAAAAAGGUGACGUUUUCUGACAGAACUGAAGAAUCAGGCCCAGUGAUGAAUGGCACCAGACAGGCGGUCCCAGGGCUUAUCAUUCUGCCAGAGGGAAACAGGGCCAACUACUCUUCACUCAAAGGUCUACAUUUCUCCAGCCCUGUAUCAAAUGUUUCCCAGUUCACAAACAGGCCUGAACUCAAACUGAGGGAGGCCUGUAUCCGCAAAAACCUGGAAAUCAAGUUUGACGAGUUUGCUGGCUCGAGCACGAAUGAGUACCUAUCACGGCUGAUCAUAGUCUCGAGCCCCCCUCAGACCUUGCAUGGCUCAGGCCCCACCCCCGAGGCUGCUAGAGACCAAGCCUCUCUCCUAGCACUUAAAAUCCUGGGUGAUCCUGGGAAAGAAGAUUCCCCAGGGCCGGUGUCUGCUUCCGGAGACGGGACCCAGACAACGAAGUAGUAGCUUCUCAGAUGAGAUGUAUCGGUGACGGACGUUGAUUACCCACAAUUCUCUGACGAUUACAAGUCUGCAAAUUUGGAACUCAGUGCAAAAGGGUCAUAACUCCAUCUUAAUAUAGAAAGAGCUAUGUCUGUUUUGCACUUAGCCCUGGAAAUGGCGUGGUUGAACGCGAAACAGUCCUAAAUGACAUGAUUGAAAGAUUAACAUAGAACUCUUUCGCUUUCACCCUUCGACUGAUAGUUAUUUUAGGAAGAAAUCUCUAAAUGCUGACUGUGUUUCUUUUUGCCAUCAUAGUUGUAAACAACAUUUGUUUUGUAUAUUUGUUAAUGUUCUGCAUAUUUUGUUUAAAAGUUUAGCAUUGAUUGAUGCACCUUUAAAUUUUCAAUGACACAUUUAGAAUGAUUAAAACAACAUUCUUAAAUUUUGUGAACAUUGUAAAUAUACAUUAUGGCAAUAAGGAAAACAGUUGUCGAACAUGAGUUAAAUACCUGUUCUGUUGUUCGUUUCAUCUUAGUUGUACUAAUGUUAUAACAAAAUAUUAUUUAGUUACAAGGAAUUGGAUCCUGGCAAAUGAUUUCAUUAAAAUGAUAUUGUUGGUAUAAAAUGAAAUGUUUAGUAAGUACUUACCACAGUUGACAAGUUGAUAGUUUGUGUAAUCUACUGGCAACAAUUUCUCCAAACUUCUUAAGUCCCUUAUAACAGGAUUAAGAUAAGCUUUCUAUUUUUGUGUUUCAAAAAUUUGCAUAAUAUUAACAUCUUUCAGAGUUUUUAUACUUAAAUAGGACUUAACUUUAUGAUAAAUACAAUAAACCAUUUUUCAUAUAUCAAAAUUCAAUUUAAGUAUGUAUUUUGGCUAAUUGAAAUAAGCUACUUAAGCCUGUUAAGCUUCGGAAGUUUCCAGAAAUUGGGCCCUGGGGCCUUUUUCAAUAUUAUUUCUCAUCCGUAUCUUUAGACAAGCCUCAGUGAUUCCAUUCAUUUGAUUGGCUGGUUAAUUUUACAAUCCAAUCACAACACUCUGAUUCUAUUCUAAAAUUUAAGUUUAAUCUAAGUUGGUUAUUAAAUAAAGCCCCAGAUUAAACAAGCACUUUUAUUAAAGAUUGAAAUUCAUAGCAUGCAUUUAGCUGUAAACAAUAAAACAAUUUUGUACUCGAUCUUCAAAAUUAGAAUCCCUUAAACCAAUUAGUUUUUAUUUGCAGUAGUGUUUUAAAAAAUAUAUAGUUCUACAAUUCACCGUGUGGUUGUUCUGUAUUAUAAAGCUUUAAUUUUAAUAUCUGUUAGACUCAGUCAUAUUUUGAUGUGAUGAUUGUGUUUUUCUGUUAAUAAUUAUGAUGAUUUCUUAUUUGUGAUUCUACAUUCAUGUAAUGUGUUAGUUAUCAAAAAGUUGAAAGUUGUACCUCUUAUUGCAGUGAGGUUAUAGUUUUCAGUUCUACUUUUUAUAUCCUAUUCUGAAAUUUAAAAUACCAAGAUCAGUUUAACAGAUUUAACUCAUUUGAUUUCAUUUUGGCAUUGUAUUUUGGGUAAUGCUUUCAAUGAUCAUGUGAUUUGUCACCAUAAGUCACAUGAUCACAAGUUCAACAAUGGUAUAUUCUUCACACAUUAAAUUUCUUAGCGCAAUGUUACAGGGUUUUUUUUUCUAAAGAGACUCAAAUUUUUUGUUGGCCAUAUUUAAAAAAAAAAGAAAAGAAAUUAGACUUACUAUUCUUACAACUAUCUGAUAUAAAAUUGAUCUUAAAUUAUUAUCAAUUGAAUGAAGAAAUUCGGAUUUGUGUGAAGAGUAAACACUGUGAGACUUUAGAAUAGUCAAAGUAUUACACUUACAGGUAUUUGUUCCCUGCUUUAAUAAUAAAUACAUGUAUUUGUAAACAGGGGGCCCUGGCUCAUGGGAUAUUUAAGGUAUCUGACUCACAAAUAUGUGACUUUGUAUGCAAGGUGGCCCCAUGUGAUGUGGUAUCAUUUGAAAGUGUUUUGUGUGCACAUAAAGAAAAUACAAAACUAAGGUAACAACCGCAAUUACUCAGCUUUUAAAGAUUUCAAAAUGAUUCCUGUAUGUCCAAUUUCAGUUAUAAAGAACAAAUCAGUUAGUAAGUUGUUUAUUAUAGUGUUAUGCGUACAUAGCGUAACAACAUUUCAUAAUAAAUAGUUUUACAUUUACACCAGGCCCAUUGGGUCUAUACGUCACCUAUAUGUCGGCGGUAUAUGGAGCAUAAGUUCAUAUAAAACAUAAGUUGUAUGUAACAGUGCAGAUAUAGAACAAUCGAGUACUAUUUUACCCAGCAUCAAUGACCGGAAUUAAGACAACAAUAAUCAAUCAAGUAUAGUGCAUUUAUUGCAAAAUGAUACAUUUUAAGUGUCACAUGCAUUGCUUUCAAUGAUUGUGUAAGAAAUAUUAUAAAUAUAUUCAAGCUGUAAUAACUGUAUGAAAUGAUGUACUUUUGUUCAUUUACAUGUAUAUUACAUAUUUAAACUCAGCAAUCAAAUACCCUUCAAAUGAUGCCAACAUCUUAUAGGGUCACCUGGCCUCACAAUUGAACAUUAAGGUCAAUGGGAGCUAUCUGAGAACUGCUAGUAGCUAAUUUGAGGGUCGGAUUCUGUAAAUUAGAUUUUCAUAAUGCUUCAUACAUUAAGUUUCAGGUCAUUCGUUGCUUGUGUAAAAAAAAGUUGGCUCAUAUUUAUUGUCAAAUGCUAUGAUGAUUUCAAACAGGACUUUAAAUAUUGUAUGUGUAUCUUUUGACCUUGGCCUUGACCUGGAUCCUUCUGACUGGGUGAAGGCAGCUUUCUGUGGUGAUAUUUCAGUGUCAUUGUGGACAAUUGAUUGCCAAUCAGUACUUUGUACCAAUAGAAAGCCUUAUUUUACAUUUUCGGACACAACCAUUCUAACAUUCUAAUGUCUACCAUUAACCAAUGUUAACCUGAAAUAUAAUUGUGUGAAGUUUUUUAUGAAGACGUACUUGUUUGAAUGAGCUGGGGCUUACAUUUAAGUUACAGGCAUCGUGCAAUACAUGUGUUAAUCCAUCUUCAUAUAUUAAGUGCUCCAAAACAUUAUGUUGCUUAAAAAAAUAAACAGUUAUCAGAG